AUGUCUCCCAAAUGCAACAAUAACAGUUGCGAUAAAGCCUCUUCAGACGAGCUUCGAACCUGUUCCGGAUGCAAAAAGACCCAGUACUGCUCUAAGGACUGUCAGAAGCAAGACUGGAAACAGCACAAGGCAUAUUGUCACCAUAUUACGAGCAAUGGAGCUAUUUCAGCAUCUCUUAGCGCUGUUGCCUACCAUCUGAAGGUCGCUGCGAAUGACCCGGAAGCUCAAGCUCUAGCCCGUUACAUCCGCGUUACGCUUCCGGUCAUGGAUGAGUUCGACUAUUCCACUGUCGCGGAUAUUGUACUACGUCUUACGAUCACGGGACGAGAUUCCCCCGAGAACUUUUCUCUUCUCUUCGGCCAAAACGAUAGAAAAAUGGUUACCCUCGACUCUAGGCUUUACCGCUACGACGUGCUUCAACGCCCUCCUCCGGCUUCGUACGCGUAUCGAUCCGAAAGCGCCUGGGGGAGCGGUCUUCCAUAUACCCCUCGAGAGCCUUGCACUUUCGAGGCCUCCGAAGCUGCGACCAUUAGGGACAUGCAGGAGAGAAUUCGUCAUCACAUGGGUUCUCGCCUUGCAGAAAUCAACUGCAAAGAUAUGGAGGAUAUUUUAACAUCUCUUGGUGUCAAUGAAAGUAAACGUUGGAACAUCUUAUUUGCGCAAGCUGUCAGAUGUAUGGACGUCGGAAGGCCCUUAAGUUAUUCUGAGAUGAUGUUACUCGAACAGACCGAUCAGAAUAUCGCUUCAGGGUUCGAAGAAUUAAUCAAAAAUUAA